AUCUUUUGUUUGUUACCUUGCUUUGUUUUGGCUGUUAAAAUCUAAGGUUUAAAAGAAAAAUGUACAAAAUGGAUCGACUUCCUCGACGGUUGUCAUUUAAAUCGAUUCUUGUUUUUGGUUUUGGUUCCUGUUGCGUCAUCGCGUUUGUCAAUUUUUCAAUUCAAUUGUUGACUGGAACUGUUGCCAAAUUCGAUCCAGUAAUUCAGUCAUCGAAUUUUAAUAAAACUGCCAAUGCUGUCGACGAUAGAGGGCCCGAUCUGUACGAAAAGGUGCGGGUCUUGUGCUGGAUCAUGACGUCACCCAACCAUCACCAAACAAAAGCUCUAGCCGUCAAGGAAACAUGGGGCAAACGGUGCAACAUUCUACUAUUUAUGAGCUCGGCAUAUGAUUCCAAAUUGCCGACUGUCCAAUUGGGCGUGAAAGAAGGGCGGAACAGACUGUGGGGAAAGACGCGGGAGUCAUUCCGCUACGCCUGGAAUCGAUACCAAGACAAAGUCGACUGGUUUCUCAAAGCCGAUGAUGACACGUAUACUACACGUCCUUUUGUCUUAUUUUACUAUACACCGGCACACGGUCGAUAUGGGCGACAAGACAAUGUAUCAAUCUAUUUAUUCACGCGUGUGAAAUUUGUGUAUAGGUACGUUGUCUUGGAAAACCUGCGAUAUUUCCUGACGCCCUACAACACGUCGAAGCCCUUGUGGUUCGGUCACAAGUACAAAUCAGAUGUGAAAUCAGGAUAUUUCAGCGGCGGGGCUGGUUACGUGCUGAGUAAAGAAGCCACCAGGAGAUUCGUCAAAGAUGGGUAUUAUAACGCAAUUAUUUGUCGACACGACCACCAAGGAGCGGAAGAUUUAGAAAUGGGGAAGUGCAUGGAAAAUUUAAAUGUUUCCACCAUGGAUACGCGGGACUCGAAAGGGCGGGGCAGGUUCUUUCCGUUCAGUCCGGAUCUGCACUACUUCCCUAAUGAGAUCCCGCAGGAUUCUUGGUACUGGCGAAACAUUUAUUACCCACCUCCGACCAAGGGAAGCGAUUGCUGCUCGGAUAGCGCCAUUUCCUUCCACUACGUCAGCGCCCGGCAGAUGCGCAUAUUAGACUACUUGAUUUAUCAACUUCGGCCUUUCGGAAUUCCGGCUGACGGACGACCCGCCAUGCCUGAUCCACCGCCAGAUUCAAAUCUGACUGCCACUCCGUGGUUCGCUUCUAAUAACGAAACUACAACCGACCCAACAAGUUCGAUGGAAUAUGACGACAAUGAUGGAACGAGUCAAACGGAUGAGAUUUCACAAGAGGACUCUACAUUUACUGCCGAAACCAGACUACAGUUACACAAUCCGGUACGUGCUAUCGCUUAUAUGUUCGGGUUACCAAGACGUUUAUUUCCUCCAGCCAAAACAGCUAUAAAAGGUUAUGAUGGGUGAGCGGUAACACAAGAACCGAUACUAUAAACUGCCAUCGGGGGGGUUUAUAAAUAAAAUCUGUUAAUGUGAGACGUGGCAUCCAUGGCCGGAAUCAUCGAUUUCUAAUACAUAUCCGACGCGACUGAA